CUCGAGCUUUGGCUUCUAGCUCUCUUCUAGUUCAAUUCAUCACUGAGAUACCAGUGUAAGACAUUUCAGUGUCUUCGAUAUUCAAAGCAGAAACGUCUUUGUGCCUCUUCCUCCCUCUGGUCAAGCUCUUCAACCAUACCCAACAUCAACCCUACACAUCGCACACCAACAUGUAUACCGCCGCUUUGCUUCUCGCUCUCUCCCUGACUGCCCAGUCAGUCCCGGUCUUCCAUUCCCAAGCAAACGACACCAUUGCUCGCAGAAAUGAACUGCCAUACAAGGUCGUCGACGUCGCCGGCACUGCCGCUCCCACCGUCGAGACAGUCACCGCCACGCCCUCGCCUCCCGUGACGGUGACCGUCACUGAAUAUCCUUCCUCCACCCCAGCUCUGGAGCCUUUCUCUCUUUCCUCUUGGAGUGUCGGUCCUCGGGUGACAGGCAUCCCCCACCCCGGGCCCCAGUUUGCGGUGCGUGGACUCAACAGCACAGAGCACCACCACCGUCGCCAUGCGCAGGCCAACACCACCGUCACCGAAACCCGCGCCAGCGAGGAUUCCAUCACAGUGGCCAAGCGCAGCAACGACACUCUGCCCCGUUCCUUGGGUAACCACAACGGAACCGAGCAUGAGCAUGAGCAUCACGCCGAGCACAAGGACGAAGACCUGUCCGCCAAGGCUCUGACCCAACGCGCACUCACCGGCACCGAAGCAGCCAGCAAGCACACCGGCAGCAGCGCCAAUGAGACCCAGCCGGCCCGCGAGGAUCUUGCUCCUGAGCAUGCGGCUGCCUUCGCGAGACGUGCACUCACCACCGACGACGCGAAGCUCGCCCCUCAGAACUUCAACAACACCGCGGGGCCGUCCGACGCGACCAAGCGCGCAACCAACACCACCGAGGCUGCUACCAAGCACUUCGCCCGAAGCUUGAACGGCACCUCUCUGCACGCUCGGAACGGCACGGCGGCUGACUACUGAGUUAUCUCUGAAGGAUCUCUCCUUCUUGGCUUCUUCUCUCACUAAGUAUAUGGUUUUUUCAUGACUGGUGCGAUCCAAUGCGA